CCGCUCGGGUUCAGAUUUUUUCGGAUUAGUUAGCGUUUAACCGUCACACCGAUAACAAGCUCCGAGGUUCUGGUUCUUGAAGUGGCACCGUGUGCGGUACUGUAGUGUGCAAGUUGCAACACACUGCGGGGAACUUUUAGUUCUGAUUUUAGUGAUCGGAGUUCGGUUGUGAUUUUGAAAAGUGGCUCGAUCAGUUCAGAUCGUAGCUGGAACAGUUUGACGAAGUGUUGUGAUUUGUUUUGAGUGAAGGGUGAUUUUGGACGUAAUCGAGAUCCGUCGAGUUCUGGGGAUUGGAUAGUGAAGCAAUAGCGUGCGGUAACCCCGGAGGGAGAAAGUGAAUCGAUUUUCCUCUCGACGGAGCUUCUCGAUAAACGUAAAACAAAGUGAGUGAGUGUAUGUUUUACCUCUAAAACUCAUCAACGCGGAUCGCUACGAGUGGCACCUUUUGCCUCUCAAGCGUAGGCCACUAACCAGUGGCCAGCAAUACGGUUUACAAUUAAAAGUGAAGUUGAGCACUUUUUCUCCGCGGCCAGUGAAGGCAAAAUAAAAUAAUAAUAAUAACACACAGCCAAGCCAUACCAACGGACGUAAAAUCGUGCUUUUUGCAGUGUGCACAACGACUACAGACGGACAAACUAACCAACGAGCGAACGAACGAUUGGACCGACGACGAAACGGGCAAGUUCCAGUAAAACCAGCUAAGGCUGACCGCCGUUCGCGAAACAAGUUACUCGGUGCCCGCAUGGUGGCUGCAAUUUUUUCCUCUCGCCUCUAGAAAAAUCAACCAACAUCAACAAACACUCAAGAAAUUGCCCGAAUUGCAAAAAUUUCACCUUCUAAUACGCCCAAUAAAAAAAAAACACCGAAUAGGCUCAAUUUGAAACUUUUCUGCGACGAGGAAAAACUUCGACAGCUCAGAAACAUUCGAACGUUGAUCGUUACUUAACCGAAUCAUAAGGCACGCAAGUGAAUCUCCACGCGGAGCUGCGAAGAACACGAAGACGAAGAAGACAACCACCGAAAGAAACAGUGAAGUGAAUCAAUUAAAACUCGAACAAAAUAAUAUUCAUUCGUCGGCGAGGCCUUGGGACUUGGGGAGGCUGCAGUCAGUCGCGUUCCGAGUGGUGUUUGUCCGGGCAUUGUUUUCGGCGCGGGCGCGAUCGCGAUCCGAGUCUCGAUUCGGUUUUUAUGUAAUUCGUGAAUUUGACUCGUUCGAGACUCGAGAAGCAUUAGCCGAGAAGCAGAGGACCCACAAAGUAGGAUCGCAAACGCCGGAGAAAGAAGCCCAUGGGAAGCUCUUAAUUAAUGGAAAAUUAAGCACUGUUUUUUUAAAACCCUAAACAUAGCUGCAACAAAGGCGUGAAGGUUGGGAGCGAACCGGAAAAGUAAUCGGAGUUACGUUUACACAGACAGUAAGCGUCGGAGUGAAAUAAUAACUGAGUGAAAACGUCUAGCUCUAGAUUCGGAAGGGUUAAAUCCGAUCGAUCGGUUUGGUUCAGGAACCUACUAGCACCCGAAAGAAAGCGACAAAAGAGAACCCGAGUGGAAGUGAUUAUCAAUUGAAACAAGUUGUUGAGUUGAGUGUAAUUUCAGAAAAAGAAGGCAUCAAAACCGAAAGUGAUUUUGAUUCUGAUGAUCAUGAUGGUUGAAUAACGAGAAAAAAAAGUGUGGAAGAAUAUUCUUUUGAAGACGACAGUGAAACGAGUCGGUGUGAUUUCGACGAAAGAUUUCGACGCAAGGGAGGAGAGCAACAAACAACAAAAAAACGCAACGCCAGCCGAAAGAUUGAAGGCGCCCCCUCGAUGAGCAUCGUGCUUCGGACCGAUUAAGAGAAAUACCCACCCCGCCAAGAUGACGCGACUUGGCCUGUAUAUAGCGGCGUCAUGGACGUUAUUUUGCACCUACAGCGUUGCCAUGCCAGACAUCCACCGGCAGAUGAGCACCGCCCAGCUGCAGGAGGUGUUCCACGUGGACCACCCGGACGCCGUCCCGCACUACGAGCUGAUCCAGCUGAUGCACCACACCAACCAGCCUUCGUUUCACUACCGCCGCAAAAGAAGCAUAGAGACAGCGCCCAGUUCAAAGGGCGGAAGUGUCAGCAACAGUCUACUCCCCGGUGGCGGUAACCACCACGUGAAGAAAGAUUUGAGCAAAGUGAAGUUCAGUGAGAAAGUCAGUGAGAGCCAAGUUCCGGCCAAGAAGAGCACCGCCGCGAAAGAAGUUUUUACUACCACAACGAUGACGACAAAAGCAGUCGAGCAGGAACCGAUCCUGCCGGAAAUGCAACCUCAACAAGAGAGCGAACAACGACAGCCAAACACGAGUGGUGAUGUGAAUGAGAGUGAUAGUGAUAGCUAUAGAAAAAUCAGUGGUGCCAGCAUACGGGACAUCGCCGAGCACCGGGUGUCUUUCAGCGCUUUCGGCGAAAGCUUGAACCUAACGCUGGAGAAGACCGAGGGUCUGUUCCGCGAUGGGCCGCACUCGUUGCGCAUGUGGAACGUCCGGGUCGACCCGAACGCCACCCAGGGUCUCGUGUACGAGGAGAUACAUGAAGAGAAUCCGUCGGAAGAAGACUCAUUUGGUAACAUUUACCAAGACCGAAAGAACAUGGCGGCCGUUCUGAUGCGAAAGCAUCUGGAAAGCGGCGAUCUAAUGAUGGAGGGUAGUAUAGGACAUGAACUUGUGAUAAAACCAGUGCCAACCGACAUCUCCCGGGCGGAGGACGGUAGUGUUCAUCAUGUUAUUUUUAAGCGAACCGUGUCAGAGGAACAACACAACGACCAUGCGAGCGAUUAUGCAUUCAUGGAACCGGACCGGCUGCAGAAGCGAUUUCGCUCCAAGCGUCAGGCCUACUACAAAUCAUCGCGGGCGAUCGACACCACCAUCUAUCCGGAAAUCCUGGUCAUCGUGGACUACGACGGCUACCGGUUACACGGCGGCGACAACGUCCAGGUCAAGCGGUACUUCGUCUCGUUCUGGAACGGCGUGGAUCUGCGCUAUCGGUUGCUAAAAGGGCCCCGGAUUCGCAUCAGCAUCGCCGGUAUCAUCAUCUCGCGGGGUCGCGAUGCCACUCCGUACUUGGAGCGGAACCGCGUGGGACGUGAUGCGAUCGAUUCUGCCGCCGCCCUCACCGACAUGGGCAAGUAUCUGUUCCGAGAGCGAAGACUGCCGGUGUACGACAUUGCCGUUGCCAUCACGAAACUAGAUAUGUGUAGAAGACAGUAUGCAAAUGACGCGUGUAAUCGCGGUACCGCAGGAUUCGCAUACGUCGGAGGAGCCUGCGUGGUGAACAAGCGCCUGGAGAAGGUCAACAGCGUGGCCAUCAUCGAGGACACCGGCGGUUUCAGCGGUAUCAUUGUGGCGGCCCAUGAAGUUGGUCAUCUGCUGGGAGCAGUGCACGAUGGAUCUCCCCCACCCAGCUACCUCGGAGGACCGGGAGCGGAAAAGUGCCGCUGGGAGGACGGCUACAUCAUGUCCGAUUUGCGACACACCGAGCGGGGUUUCCGGUGGUCACCGUGCAGUGUUCAAAGUUUCCAUCAUUUCCUCAAUGGUGACACCGCCAGUUGCCUGCACAACCCUCCUCACGAGGACGAAGCCCUGGGGCGAACCCUGCCCGGGACGCUCCUCUCGCUGGACGCCCAGUGCCGGCGGGAUCGGGGGACCUCCGCCUGCUUCAAGGACGAACGCGUCUGCGCCCAGCUGUUCUGCUUCGACUCGGCCAGCGGGUACUGUGUGGCAUACCGACCGGCCGCCGAAGGAUCCACCUGCGGCGAUGGACAACACUGUUUGGAUGGUAGAUGCGUUGCCGAACAUGAGAACAUAAUUCCCGACUAUUCACAGCACACACCGUCGUACGCGCGGUUCAACCAACAACCAGUCAAAUAUAACUACGACGACAAGUCAGGUCAGCAGGAUGAAUAUUAUGAAUCAUCUAGUAGCACGUCGUCCACAACCUCCACCACCUCCACCACCACCACAACGACAACCACCACCACAACACCACCACCACCACCGCCGCCACCGACAUCGACGAGGAAUUAUUACCAAUAUUUCAACCACAAGUCCACGAGUACAUAUCAUAUGGAUGAUGAGGACAGACGAUACAAGAAUUUCAUGAAUGCCAUCAAACGAAAGCGAUUACAACACCUAAAGGAGCAACUGCAGCAGCAGGAAAUUGUCAGCAAUCAGCAGUAGUAAUUAGCAGUAGUUUAGAGUAGCAGAUCCCCCGAAACCAAUAGAAUUCUGUCUUUCUUCUGUACCAUAAAAAAGAAACAUAAAUUGGCAACCAUGGAUAAGUAGGCAGCGCAGAGCACCAUCUUCUUAGAUCGCGGCAGGCCACACAGGAGACUGACCCGAGUUCGAAACCAUCUGAAACUGCUUGGAUUUUUGUUUUUCAAAGCAGUCUGCCAACCCAAAGUCCAUCCGAUAUCCACCCGUAGAAAUAUAAAAAACUGCUAGUUUUCUUGUUUUGUAUUUUCUUCUUCUAUGAAGAAAGUGACAGCAAAUCAUUUGUAAACUAUCGAGUCACAAGUCACACUUCAACAACUACUGUUCAAACGCGCAAAAUACAAUCCACACGAAAUGUUAAAUUAUACAGAAAGCAGAAUCUAUCUUCAAAAUACAAUUGUGAUAUAAAAUUGUGCAAAUAGGCGAAAGAAACUAUUUACUUCUACAGAAUAGUUGUUUCAUAUUAUUUUUGUAGUUUAUAAACAAAGUGACACAGUUUUUGAGAAAUUGUGGUCACAUUUCACUGUAGGAUUAAGAAAACGUCUGAGAUGAUCGCGAUUUAAUCGCAUUAUUGACGUACAUAGCGAAACAUUUCCACAUAAAGCAACCGUAUAGAACCGAUUUACGAAAAGUGUGACGAAAUGCAACUAUUUGAACCAAUUAGUCACCGUCGAAAGAUGAGCCCCAAAUUAUACAACUAAUUAUCUGUGAUUUUGAGCUUUCGGAACAACACCGGAAAAAUUCAUUCAAUUCAAUUUUUUAGAAAAUAUGUGAAUACGGUAUCGACUAUUGACCAAUAUCCAACUAAAAAAUUUUGACUCAUCUUUCUCAGUUGCAAACAACCUGACGUGUCAUUAAGAAAUUUAAAAAAAUGUAAAAAUCGAUUACGAUCACCCGCUGUGAAGGCACGGUGUCAUCGUAGCAAGCAUUGCCAUAAUUUGUAGAAUUCAACAAAGAAAGUCUGUCACUCAACGCGAUGGCCUACUGUGAUUUUACAUCGAACGCAAACAAACGAACAAAAACGCCCCAAUCUUAGCCCAAACCCCCACUGACAGAUCUCACCACUGAAUGUGAUCGUCACGCCUCAACGUAGGCAACCCACAGUGCACCGACACUCCGAAACCGAAUACAGCCAACUUAGCAAAUUUUGUUACUGCGUUUGGCCUCGACCACCACCGAACAAUUCCAAUGGCACUUGACUCUAGAGUCAUUUUCUCAACUGAAAACUGCCCUUAACGUUGAUUUCGGUAUUAUUGUGUUGUACAAAAAAUACGAAUCGUAUAAGUAUACUAACGUAACUGCUAAACUGCCCGCCAAACGAACACAAAUACACACGCAACAACAACAACAAAAUCUUCAAGAACCCAAACGUAAACUCGUGAAGUCUUGUUAUUUCUUUUGUACUUAAAAAAAAUCUAUUGAAACAACAAACCCCUUGUAAAUAUGUAACAAUUGUUAGUGAUUAUAAUUUUUAUAAAAAAAAUGAGACAACACGAUCAUUAUACUAAGUUCAGAACAACAGAAUUAAGAAAAUAAAAAAAAAUAAACGAAAACAACGAAAAAAGUCUGCACAAAAAGUAACAAAUUAGAAAAAGCAAAACCCAAUCCCAUGUUGAUGCAUGUGGCUCCUGAGGAAAAAGAAGAGGGCACACUUGUUGCUCUUAAGGUGAAGAUGUGUAUUUUUGUUAAUCUUGAAAGACGGAAACACCCCCCACACAAACACAAGACACCCUAGAACCCUUCCCUCCACUAUACUGUAGGUAGAUAUCUUUAAUUUAUCACUUUUAAGCGCUGUUAGUUGUUAGACGGAAGGAGAAAAGCUAUUACACAAAAAGACGUACUGCUUUAAGAGAGGUUGUCUCCGCGAAAGGUUCUCUUUCAGAGAGUGCUGGAACAUACAAAAUACAAGAACUAUGAGAAGAAACUGAGAAGAGAAGAGAAUGGAUGUGCAACACGCAUACAAAAAUAGAUAGAAGAACCCCUAAAGGCAAUGUGACGUUUUGUAGGGAAGAAUCUUGUAUCGUUUCAAUGUAAAAUAUAUCCACAAAUAAAGAAACGAAUAUUGAAAACAGUACUGCAAAAGUAUUUGAAGUGAAAAUCAAAA